CUGAAAACGGACACUUGACAGACGCUGCCGUGAGGAAGUCGUCUGUGAAACAAACCUUCAGCCUGCUGCAGUUCGUCUGGGAGGACGAGUCCAAUACUCGGAACCGAAUCAACAAGACGACGAGUCUCCACCGCAGAACCUCCCCGAACAUCGAACAUGGCGCAGGACAACAUUUUCCUCUUCGUUCCGAAUUUAAUCGGUUACGCCCGAGUUGUUCUGGCCUUCAUCGCCUUCUACCUGAUGCCCUGCUGCCCGUGGCCCGCCAUCUUCUGCUACCUGCUCAGCGCUCUGCUCGACGCCUUCGAUGGCCACGCUGCCCGGGCGCUCAACCAGUCCACCAAGUUUGGUGCAAUGAUGGAUAUGCUGACAGACCGCUGUGCCACCAUGUGUCUGCUGGUCAACCUGUCCCUGCUCUACCCCUCCUACACCUUCCUGUUCCAGGUCAGCAUGUGUCUUGACAUCGCCAGCCACUGGCUGCACCUGCACAGCUCAACAAUUCAGGGAUCAGCCAGUCACAAGACUAUCGACCUCUCCGGCAACCCCAUCCUCCGCAUCUACUACACAUCCAAGCCGGUGCUGUUUGUCAUGUGUGCUGGGAACGAGCUCUUCUUCUGUCUGCUCUACCUCUUCUAUCACAUUGAGGAGCCGGCAGCGUGGCUGUACUGGCUGCAGGGUCUCUGCGGGAUCAUCUGCCUGCUCAAAUCCGGCAUCAGCCUCCUGCACCUCAUCACCGCCUCCCAGAACAUGGCCGCCCUCGACGCCGCCGAGCGAGAGAAGAACACGAAGACGCAGUGAGAGAGGAGCCAGCGAGAGCUUCAGCUACACAUCCACCAUGUUUUUAUGUUUUAUUUAUCUUUAUUUUAGAGGUAACAGUAGACUUUAUACACUUGAACCAAGGUCACUUGAACCAAGGUGACUUAAAUAAGACGUCAAACAUCGAGAACACACUUCAGUUUGUCUCAAAACGCCUCAGCAGAGAAGUCGAUCUACAUCUGAUCUGUUUACAGUGAUCAUGAAGACGUUCAGUCAAACAGCUGAGAGCUCAGACAGUGAACACAUCAGACCCUCUGAGUCACGCUGCUCCUGUUUUCAGGCCCAGUUUGUUCAGUCAAAGUGAAAAAGACAAUCAGACCAACACAAAAAUCACAUUUACUCAGAAAUGUGUUUGUAGAUGUUAAAAGUAAACCAACCCAAUCUCCUGAAGAAAUUCUGUAAAACCACAGACGAACUCAACCAGGACGCAACUUAAAGUUUGUUUAGGUUGAAUUUCUGAUUCUCUUGUCACAGCGCUGUGGUUAAAAAACAUCAUGGUUUGUCCUGAAACAUCUGUUGUGGCCUCGAUCACAGAUGGAAACAGUCCGACUAAUUUUUAAACACACCCAGUUUGGAUAUGAAAUAAAACAGUGUGACAGCUGAAGAGGAUAAAAUAUGAACAUGAGGACACGUCGGGUUGAAAUGUCAACGUUAUCUGUGCGAACAUGAUGUCCUGGUGACGGAGGAUUAAUGACAAAUCAACAGAAACUAUAAAAUAAAUAUUACAGACAUGUUUGGGAGUUCACAGAGAAGAUAAAAACAGGACGGAUCAUCUUCUCUGCAAACUCACGGCCUUCAUGUCUUCAUUAAUGGUGAAUAAAUCUUAAAUCAUGCUUAAUUUAUCAGUUAGAAACCAAUAACUGCUGCUUAUAUCUGACACAAAACCCACUGGUUCCAUCUCAACAGAUCAGUGUUCGAUCAUUGUUUUCAUUUUCUGUGAUGAUAAAUUUAAUAUCUUUGAGUUUUGGACAGUUGCUUGGACAAAACAUUUAAAUAUUUCAUGUUUUUUGGACCAAAUAUUAAACAGAGAAAAUAAUCCAUAGAUGAAACGAUGAAGAAAAAAAUUGUGAGUCAGAUUUUGGUUCUGAGGUCGUCGUCUUCUUCAGGAUCGACCCGACCCAACAGGACUUCUGAUCACUGGUUUCUAACCGAUGACGCUGUAGUUAUGAAAGAUUUAUUGACCAGCUGUCACCACAUUAUUAUAAUGUUCUUGGACAAAAUGGCUGCUGCUUCAUCGUCUCCUGGCAGGUGGAAAUAUAAAUAUUAUGCGUAAAAAUGAGAACGAUCCACCUUUAUUCCUCAUCUGUCUUUUUCAUUGUUAAUAUUUUAAAUUAUAAAAAUGAAAUUGUGUCCCUGAAAUCACCACCAACCAUCAAACUGAAGCUUUGUUCACUUUAUUCAGACGUCUUUUUGUUCGUUAGUUGAAAAAAAUCACCAUUUAUUUUUAUCAUUUUGUGUUAUUAUUUUUUUUAAUCAUAAAGAGAAAUAUGUGCAAAGAAAAGCAUCGACAGACCAAACACUGAAGCCAUGUUCAGUUUAUUCAGACGUCUUUUUGUUCUUAUUCACAAUCUUUUACUUGUUUGUGUUGUAACGAAGGUAGAAAGUGUUUAAAUAUCAGUUAAAAUAUGCUCUAAUAUUCCUUUUGUGACGUCCAAGCCACUAUUUUUUGCUGUUCUUGUUCAUUUCUUGAGAUUCCUGCUCUUAUUUCGGUGCGGUUGAAACGGUGAUUGUCUUAUUUGAGGGAUUUUGCUUAUUUGACAUUUCUGAUGCUGUUUUAUUUUGUGGUAGACGACGAGACGUGUUUCCUGUUUGUUUUAGUCACUUAGAGACAAAUAGAGUUACGCAGGUCAUAAGUUAUACCUCACGUGAAGAGCACCAAGUAUUACAGUUUAUGGUUUUGCGUUGUUGCAUUUUAAUGUCACACAUUUGUGCUGCUCAUCGACGACUGUAAAGACAAAGUGUCGACAGAGUGUGAAAAGUGUUAACGUAAAGAUUUGCCUCUUGUUUUCCUAGAAUGUAUUCUUAUGAAUUAUAAAUGUAUAUCAACAGCAAAGCCAAGUCUUAUAUUGUAUUUAAGACACCAAUUGUUGUUAUUAAUAUAUUUGAUGGUUAUUUUGUUUGAAGUGGUUUGAAUCUACUGUAAAAGCAGCUACAAAAUAAAGAAAAUAAAAAAAACACGUUUCUGCACGGUCGUAUGGAUCAUCGCUCAGAUCAAUAUGAUGUUAACUCAGUCUUCUCAGAUGUAAACAGCGAUUGUUUCCACUGAUGAGACUGGUUUUAUUGAGCAGUCUAAUUAUUUUAAACACUGUAAAGUCAUAGAGAGGUGGUCAGCUUCAUGUAUAUGAGGGGUUGAAAUAACAGCUAUUACCUGUGUGAAAAUAAAACUAGAGGCUUAAAAUGGA